GCGACGCGCAUCUGACAGCGUUUUCGAUCUCCCAACGAUCGUACCAUUCACCCCCCACGACCACGACCACCACCACGUAGCAACCUGCCCAGCCAUCCCCACACACACACACACACGGUUCAUAUACUCAAACACCUCCUCGACAUCAUAACUCACCGGCAAGGACACGCCAGAACCAAAUCCUCCUAACUCUUCUCCCCAAAACACAAAACACUCAAUAAAAUGACCGCUGCCAUCACCCACCCCGAGUCCAACGGCUCUGCCGCUCACGUCCUCCCCGAGGGCCACUUCUUGUUCACCUCCGAGUCGGUCGGUGAGGGUCACCCCGACAAGAUCUGUGACCAGGUCUCGGACGCCAUCCUCGAUGCUUGUUUGCGAGAGGACCCCAACUCCAAGGUCGCCUGUGAGACCGCUGCCAAGACCGGUAUGAUCAUGGUCUUCGGUGAGAUCACCACCACCGCCCGAAUCGACUACCAGAAGGUCGUUCGUGACACCAUCAAGCAGAUCGGAUACACCUCGUCCGAGCAGGGUUUCGACUACAAGACCUGCAACGUCUUGGUUGCCAUCGAGCAGCAGUCUCCCGAUAUCGCCCAGGGAUUGGACCACGGUGACUUGGAGAACCACGGUGCCGGUGACCAGGGUAUCAUGUUCGGAUACGCUACCGACGAGACCCCCGAGUUGAUGCCCAAGACCAUCAUGCUCGCCCAUCAGCUCAACGCGGCCAUGGCCACCGCUCGUCGAGACGGAUCCAUGGGUUGGUUGCGACCCGACUCCAAGACCCAGGUCACCAUCGAGUACAAGAAGGACACUGACGGUGCCGUCAUCCCCUUGAGGGUCGACACCAUCGUCAUCUCGACCCAACACGCCGAGGAGAUCACCACCGAGGACUUGAGGAAGCAGAUCAAGGAGAAGAUCAUCAAGAAGGUCAUCAGCGCCGACUUGCUCGACGACAGGACCGUCUACCACAUCCAACCUUCGGGCCGAUUCGUUAUCGGAGGUCCCCAGGGAGACGCCGGUUUGACCGGACGAAAGAUCAUUGUCGACACCUACGGUGGAUGGGGUGCUCACGGAGGUGGUGCUUUCUCCGGAAAGGACUUCUCCAAGGUCGACCGAUCGGCCGCUUACACCGCCCGAUGGAUCGCCAAGUCCCUCGUCGCCGCCGGUCUCGCCCGACGAGCUCUCGUCCAGCUCUCGUACGCCAUCGGAGUUGCCGAGCCCCUGUCCGUCUACGUCGACACCUACGGUACCGGCAAGAAGAUCUCCGACCUCGACCUCGUCAAGGUCAUCCGAAACAACUGGGACUUGAGGCCCGGUGUCAUUGUCAAGGAGCUCGACCUCCAGAAGCCCCAGUACUUGAAGACCGCCUCGUACGGUCACUUCGGUAACCCCGACUACACCUGGGAGAAGCCCAAGUCGCUCAAGCUCUAAGCGGCGUAUGGCGACCAGUACGAUGUGGAAUUCCGGCUCUCUUUCUCUUUUCUCUGCUGUACGACCCCCGCAACGCCAAAAAUAGGACGGAAAUCGACGUCCGGUGACGAGCUCCUCCUCGUCUGAUCCCCCCAACUCCUCAACAUCGAUCAAACAUCAUCACACAUCAUCAUCCACCAUCAUGCCCGGGAUUUCGUAUCAGCUUCGAUGAAGACCCGUCAUCCUCGGCGGUGUUCUUCUGUACAACACAACUUCCCCUACAUUCCCCUUUGCCUUGUAUAUAGAGAUUUCCGGAACUAGACUAGGAGCAGGAGGAACGACUUGGGACACCGACUGCAUCUGUAGUUUUUGUAUUGACACGGGUUUCUUUUUCGCAUGACACCGCCUUUAUACAAUGCGCUCAACACGCGAAAAACAA